AUGUUGAUGAGAUCCAAAUUUCCGAAAAACGAAGAAGGUAAAGGGAAAAAAAGUGGGAGAGAAAGUAUCCCUUAUGGAGAUUGGGAUAAAAGGAAAAUUCAAGAAACAGUAAAAUUAGAUGACCAAGUGGUCGAAGAGAAAGAGAACCCGUUGAGAGUAAAGAAAAAGGAGGAGAUUGUGGCACUAACGAGAAUCGGACAAAUGGACGAUUGCAAUUCGACGAAGGAAGUUUUCAAAAAACGAAACAUCGACGUGGAAGAGUCUCAUUUGUCAAGACGACAAGAGGAAUAUGGUGCACAAAAACGUCUCGAGGUCCAACUGCUGAUCAAAAAAGGUCACACGCUCUAG